CAAUAGGCCCCCAAGGGAACCUGAACUCCACCUCCCAGCAUGCUUUAGUCAGCAUGUGACUGCUGCACAAAGGUCUGAAGCGUGUCUUCCGAAGGACUCUGGAGGACUGCGUGGACUGGCUAUUCUAAAGUUCUACCAUGGGCCGACUGGAUGGGAAAGUCAUUGUCCUGACGGCUGCUGCUCAAGGCAUCGGCCAGGCUUCUGCAAUAGCUUUUGCAAAAGAAGGAGCCAAAGUCAUAGCCACAGAUAUCAAUGAGUCCAAACUUCAGGAGCUGGAAAAUUACCCAGGUAUUCAAACUCGAGUCCUUGAUGUGACAAAGAAAAGACAAAUUGAUCAGUUUGCCUCAGAAGUUGACAGAAUCGAUGUUCUCUUUAAUGUUGCCGGUUUCGUCCACCAUGGAACCAUCCUGGAUUGUGAGGAAAAAGACUGGGACUUCUCAAUGAAUCUCAACGUCCGCAGCAUGUACCUGAUGAUCAAGGCGUUCCUUCCCAAAAUGCUUGCUCAGAAAUCAGGCAACAUCAUCAACAUGUCUUCCGUGGCCUCCAGCAUCAAAGGGGUGGAAAACAGAUGCGUCUACAGUGCAACCAAGGCAGCUGUGAUCGGUCUCACUAAGUCUGUGGCGGCCGACUUCAUCCAGCAGGGCAUCAGGUGCAACUGUGUGUGCCCAGGAACGGUUGACACCCCAUCUCUGCAAGAAAGGAUACAAUCCAGAGACGAUCCCAAAGAGGCACUGAAAGCUUUCCUAAACAGACAAAAGACGGGGAGGUUUGCUUCGGCAGAGGAAGUGGCCCUGCUCUGCGUGUACUUGGCCUCGGAUGAGUCGGCCUAUGUAACAGGCAACCCUGUCAUCAUAGAUGGAGGCUGGAGCCUGUGACAACAGACACUCCCCGCCGGAAGGCAGGCCCUUCCUACCCACAGAGGAAAGCCAACUGACUGAGUGAUCACCUCUCCUACAACAGCAUUCAUGAAAACAAGCCCCUUCUAAUGAUCUUCCCUAAGAGUGUGACUCUUUAAGUAGACCUUUUUCUUGUUUCUUCUAAAACAAUGCUAAAUAAAUCAAAUAAAAUGUGUUGAUCUUGU